ACACUGGGGCAGACAUUUUUGUAUAUUUAUCUUUGAUUGCAUCUCUGUUUUUGUUUUUUUUCCCUUCCUUUAGGAUAGAUUCCCAGAAGUGGGAUAACUGGAUCAGAGGGUGGUUACCCUGUGUAUAACAGUGUGUGUCUCACAGCACCUUCAAUGGCAUUGAGUAGAUUGUCAGUAUUUAAACAGACCACACCAUGCGUGAGUACAAGCUAGUGGUCCUUGGUUCAGGAGGCGUGGGCAAGUCUGCUUUGACUGUUCAAUUUGUUCAGGGAAUUUUUGUUGAAAAAUAUGAUCCAACGAUAGAAGAUUCCUACAGAAAGCAAGUUGAAGUAGAUUGCCAACAGUGUAUGCUUGAAAUCCUGGAUACAGCAGGGACAGAACAAUUUACAGCGAUGAGAGAUUUAUAUAUGAAGAAUGGCCAAGGGUUUGCACUAGUAUAUUCUAUUACAGCUCAGUCUACAUUUAAUGACUUACAGGACCUGAGGGAACAGAUUUUACGGGUUAAGGACACAGAAGAUGUUCCAAUGAUUUUGGUGGGCAAUAAAUGUGACCUGGAAGAUGAGCGAGUAGUUGGCAAAGAACAGGGUCAGAAUUUAGCAAGACAGUGGUGUAACUGUGCCUUUUUAGAAUCUUCUGCAAAGUCGAAGAUCAAUGUUAAUGAGAUAUUUUAUGAUCUGGUCAGACAGAUAAAUAGAAAAACACCAGUGGAAAAGAAGAAGCCUAAAAAGAAAUCAUGUCUGCUGCUCUAAACCCACAGUAAAGCAGCAGCUCUGAGCCAGAUUACAGGAAUGAAGAACUGUUGCCUAAUUGGAAAGUGCCAGCAUUCCAGACUUCAAAAAAUAAAUCUGAAGAGGCUUCUCCUGUUUAUAUAUUAUGUGAAGAAUUUAGAUAUUAUAUUGGUUUGCACAAGUUCCCUGGAGAAAAAUUUGCUCUGUGUAUAUCUCUUGGAAAAUAAGACAAUAGUAUUUCUCCUUUGCAAUAGCAGUUAUAACAGAUGUGAAAAUAAAUAUACUUGACUCUAAUAUGAUUAUACAAAAGAGCAUGGAUGCAUUUCAAAUGUUAGAUAUUGCUACUAUAAUCAAAAGAUUUCAUAUUGACCUUUUUAUCAUGAUUCUUCCCUGUCAAGCACUAAAAAGUUGAACAAUUAUACUUUAUAUCUGUAAUGAUAUAGAUUAUGAAAUUUCCCCUCAACUCAUUACAGCAGAUAACUUUUCUGAGUCAUUGACUUCAUUUUAUAUUUAAAAAAUUAUGAAAUAUCAUUCUGUCAUUAUAUUCUAAUUAAAAUUGUGCAUAAUGCUUUGAAAAAAUGGGUCUUUUAUAGGAAAAAAAAACUGGGAUAACUGAUUUCUAUGGCUUUCAAAGCUAAAAUAUAUAAUAUACUAAACCAACUCUAAUAUUGCUUCUUGUGUUUUACUGUCAGAUUAAAUUACAGCUUUUAUGGAUGAUUAAAUUUUAGUACAUUUUCAUUUGGUUUGUGUGUUUUUGUUAUUGUUUAUAGAUUGAAGACCUUUAUUUUAUAAUGACCAGAUUGUUUUAAAUGACACAGGUAUCCUCUAUCUGCCUGGUACCUGCAGAAUAUUCAGCUUUAAAUCCUACAAAGUAACCUGUGAUUUCUCUAGAAACAGACCUCAGGCUUUUUGUUCUGGAUAUAUUUAUUCCUACUAUACAGUAAAAUACAUCGGACUACAUAGAAUAGUUUUGUAUCUUCUCUCUUAGUCUUAAACAUUGUAUCUUAUUGAAUGAAAAUAUCCCACUGUGUAUUAUUUUUAUAUGUAAAAAGAUAAUACUGUAUCAGGGUUUAAUUUUUACUAUUUCAAAUCUGCCACAGCUUGUCAUUUCAUCAAGGGAAUCCUGUUGCCAUUGUUAAUUUGUUGGACCUGAGCCCACCAAUGAAAUGUUAUGUGGAAAUUUUCAAACUUGCUUUAUAAUAGAAUGAAGGAUGUAAGAGGUGAAAGUUAAAAAACAUAAAAGGAAUGUGUCCAUUG